CAUAUCUUCUUAAAUUCUAUAAACCUGAUCCUCAUUAUGGACGCAGAUUUUUCGCAAAAUUAACUAUAGAAGCGGGUAAAUUAGUUGGACCAUAUGUUAUUAGAGUCUUCGUUGACUUGAAAGGUGCAUCUGUCGAAACACCAAUAACUUCGCCUCAUUUUGCUGGCUUAGUUGCCAUGUGGCGUAGACCUAACCUUUACCAAAUUAAUGGUACUACCUAUGUCGUGGGAAGUGUUGAUAUUACAGCAGCUAUGGAACGAUUGGGAAUACGAAUGGAAACAAUAGAUUACGGGUUAUUUGUUGAUGUUAAUGCUACUUCAGGCUUGUUAUCUUCAAGUGCAAUUUUUGAUGUUAAUAAUGAUAUCAACGUAGUUCCUUGUUAUCUGAACGGAACAGGAAUUAGUCCGAAGAAAGCUGGUGUUAAUAAG